GGCCGCAGGUUUGACAUGCCUGCCCUAGAUUAUAGAAUCAUAGAUUCUUUUCACUUUUCAUGUGAUCCUUUUCACAUGUACUACUAGCAAUCCAGGUGUCCCUCAUCCUAUAUCUGUGCAGCUGGUUCUUCCUGCCCAAGAGUAGAAUGUGACAUUUGUCCCUAUUGCAAUUCAUUUUGUUAGUUUGGGCCCAGUUCUCCAAUCUGUUAGUCAUCUUGAAUCCUGAGUCUGACUUCUGUGGCGCUACCCACCCCUCCCAAUUUGGUUUCAUUUCAUGAGCAGCCCUCAAUUCCUUCGUCCAAGUUGUUAAUAAAGACAUUGAACAACAACAGGCCCUAACCCCACUUGUCCCUUCCUUUCAGGAUGAUGAGUAACCAUUAGUGAGCACUCUGAGUUUGGUCAGUCAAGCAGUUACAAAUUCACCUAACCAUAACCUCGUCCAGCCUGCAUUUUACGAGCUUCUCUGCAGGAAUAUAAUGAGGGACUUUGUCAAAAGCCUUACGGAAAUCAAGAUACACUACAUCCACAGCAUUCCUGAGCCAUCAAGCUUGAAUCUCCAUAAAAAAAGACAGAAAUGAGGUUCAUCUGGCAUGACUUGCUUUUGAGAAACCCAUGCUUGGUUUUAGUAAUCACAGCAUCUGAUUCUAGGUGCCUGCAGCCCAGCUGAUUAACACCUGUUCUAGAACCCUUCCUGGUAUCAAUGUCAAGCUGACCAGUCAGUAGUUUGGGGGAUCUUUUCUCCACUUUUUGAAGAUGGGGACAGCAUUUGAUCACCUCUCGGCUGCAGGACCUCUCCUGUUCUCCCAAUAAUUCUCAAAAGAUUAUAAGAGGCUCUGAGAGGACAGGACCUCUGCAAGCUACUUCAGUAGCCUUGGAUGCAGCUCAUCAGAUCCUGGAGAUUUGAAUUCAUUUAAAGUAGCUAGGUGUUUCCUUAACACAUCUUUUCAUAUCUUGGGCUGCAACUUCCUCCUUGCAUCAUUAAUUCUGUUAUCACCAAAUUGGACACUGCUUUCCUUUUGCUGAAGACAGAUGCAAAGUAGGUGCUGAGCAGUUCUGCCUUCUGUCACCCAAUAGCCUAUUUCCAUCUUCUCCACGCAGAGAACCUACAAUUUGUUCUUCCUCUUGCUUCAAACAUAGCUGAGGAAACCUUUUAUUAUGUGCCUUCAAUAUUUCUCCUUUAAGAAACUCCCAUCUAUCUUUGACUCCCUUCUCUUCGAGUAUUUAGCCUGAGCAAACUCAGGCAACAUUUAGCCUUUCUGAAACGAGGGUAGAGGUGGUUUGAAUUAAUACUAUGUGUGACAGCUAAUUGUGGCAAGUAAUGGUGUCCACAGAAGCACGUGCAUUCAGAUGGACAACUGCCUAAUGCAGCCAGCACUGAUACAAUGUAUCUGUUGUAAUGAAGUUUGAGUAUUCAAACAUGAAUUAUAUGAUGCUAUGUGAUGACACGGAAACACCUUUCCCAGUAUAACCCAAUUUAGCAGCAGACAAGUAUGCACAUUGCCCUGUGACAUUAUGCUUAAAUUUCCCCCCCAGUUUUUCAACCCAAUAGUGUUUUUCUGGAUAGUGUGAAAGCAAAGCAGUUUCAUUGGAAUUAUGUACAAAAAGGAAAAAAGGAAUGGAAAAAUGUUGAAAUUUGUGCACCUAAGGGCAGGUAGGUUUACAAUGACAAAUACUGUACAGAAAGGAACAGAGCAGAAAGAUGUAACUAGCUAUUGCAAUAGGAUUAAAGGUGGUGUGAAAACAGAGGUCAGCUACUGCCUAUAAGAACUUCAGCCAAUUAAACAUGGCGCAAUGUCCUGACUGAAGUCAUUCUGUGUUUUUAACUAUCCUUUUCAGGAAAAGGCUCAGGGAGAGGACGAUGGCAGAUCUUGGCAGGAGCAGACUUACAAUUUGGAGCCAAAGUUGAGUUUCACAAUCUGCUGUCAGUUCCAGGACUCAGUCCUGGAAGCUAUAUAUAAGAUGGGAAACACUGUAGUGUAGAAAACACUUUUGAGCAUAUGCAAAUGUGCAAUUUUCUCACUGGUGAAGAACAGUAGUUCUCUCUUUGUAAAUAUGGGGUUAAGGACAUAAUAGAUCAGGAGAUAAACCAAUAUCAGAGGUGUAUCUUCUAGCAAAUUUAGACUGCAACCAUAAAAAACCACACUGAACUCAUUGGACCUUACUUCAGACUAAGUAUUUCUGAAGGCAGUAAAAUUUAACCAUGGAAAUUUUAAACACGCUCCAUUACAAAGGAGCCAAUUCCAGAUUUCACUCUUUAAAUUGUGAAAUCUAUAUAUUUGGAUUCCAAACACAUGGAUUUCACAUUUUAAAAGGUUCAAUCUGAUUAAAACUGAUUCUAGAAGACCAGAUCCACUCCAGAGUUAGAGCAUAUAUACACAAUGCCUUCCUCAUGGACCAAACCCAGUUAUUUAAUGUUUCUCACCCUCGCAGUCUGCCUGCCUGCAUACUGCUCAUCUCAGCUUUCCUCCUCAAAACGAAGGACUAUGUUUGGAUAGAGCUUACAAAAGCACCACAGUCCCUGAAAUAUAACUUUCCCAUGUCUUUAAAACCCUUCUGUAGGCUGUUUUAAUAACUGCUUUGCCUUCACUUAAGCAUGACUCUGAUGCUUGGCACUUGGUGUCGUACACAAACAUCCCAAAAUAAAAAUGCUACAAGAUAUCCCAGGAACUCCUCGGGAGCUUUAAAAAGAGAUUUGCGCUUGGGGACCAGAUGUCUUUUCUUCAAUGAAGACAAGUGGUGUGACUAGGCUAAAAAGGAGCCACCAUCAGCACAUAAUGAGAUUUCUUAAAUAGGUGCAAGGAAACAUUCCUGUCAACGUAGUGUCUGCAAAACUUUGUCAGAUGUCCAGUUCCUGAUUGGAAGAUUUUUUUUAAAAAAUGUUUUAAUUGCUGGAAGUUGGAAUAGUUUAACCAUCUGUUUGGGCAACGUUGUGAAAUGUUUAUGUCCUGAACUGCUGAUAAAAGUGGUCUGCUUGCAAACAGCGAGUGCAAUAAAUUAAUUUGUCCUUGCCUGUCUUUCCAAGUCUUGGUCAGAGAAGAAACUCAAGGCUGCAUUUUAUGUGGUUCUCCUCCUUACCCCCACCCCAUUUUGGGAAGAGUGAGAGACUUGGAAAUGUGUCCUGACAGUAACAUUACUUAUACGAAAUAAGAGCGAUUGGGGAAAGGGCACCCAUGGAUGGGACUUCUCUGUGAAUGAACAGGAACAAGCCGCAGUAGAAAGAAAAAAGCAGACCUUCUUUCAGAGAGCUUUGCAGGUCCAACGUGAUGGAAGGCGAGGCAGCAGGGGGGUCGAUGCCAGCCGGCAAGAAAGCAGCCAGCAAACCGAUGCGGAUAGCCCUUGGCGUGUUCGUGACCAGCACGGUCGCACUUGGCACUGCGCUUUUCCUGGUGUUUGUUCCUUUGGAUCCCAGCCGCUUCCUGCAUGCUUCCUCCUUUGGCCUUUCCAGCACCAGAGCUCCAAUGUCGGUUGGGUCAGAGCUUCAGAGGAACCCGGGGCUUUGGAGAGUUAGCCAAGAUCUUAUAAAAUUUCAUCCUAAGCAACAAUACUGCUUGACUUCCGAAUGCAUCGAAGCUGCUGCUGCAAUCAGAAGCAAAUUAAAUACAUCUGUGGAUCCCUGUGAUGAUUUCUUUCGGUUUGCCUGUGAAGGGUGGAUACAGAAUAACCCAAUUCCUGAAGAUUCAUCAAAUUAUGGAAUCUAUCCAUGGCUGAGGCACAAUGUGGACCUCAAGUUGAAAGCUCUCCUUGAGAAACCUCUUAGCAAAAGGCGAGACAGUGAAGCUGUACAGAAGGCUAAGAUUCUUUAUUCUUCGUGUAUGAAUGAGAAUAAGAUAGAGAAAGCUGAUGCAAAGCCUCUUUUGAGCAUGCUGAAACAUUCUCCGUUCCGCUGGCCUGUCCUGGAAUCGAACAUUGGGCCUGAUGGAUUGUGGUCAGAAAGGAAGUUCAGCAUGCUACAGACCCUGGCUACUCUUCGUGGCCAAUACAGCAGUUCUGUUUUCAUCCGAAUGUAUGUGGCUUCUGAUGAUAAGAACUCUAAUGAGCACAUCAUAAAGCUAGACCAAGCAUCCCUGUCUCUGUCAGCACGAGAAGACUACCUGGAAAACACCACAGAAGCUAAAUCCUACAGAGAAGCCCUGUUCCAGUUCAUGGUGGAUACAGCAGUGCUUCUUGGGGCCAAUGCUUCACGUGCAGAGCUGGAUAUGAAGUCUGUGUUGAAACUAGAAGUUAAAAUUGCUGAGAUAAUGAUUCCACAUGAGAAUCGAACCAGUGAAUCUAUGUACAACAAAAUGAACAUAUCGGAGCUCCGCACCCUGAUCCCUCAGUUUGACUGGCUGGGCUAUAUCAAGAAGGUGAUCGACACCAAGCUUUAUCCUGAACUUAAGGACAUAGAUGCUUCAGAAAAUGUCAUUGUUCGUGUGCCCCAGUACUUCAAGGAUUUGUUCAGGAUACUAGAAAGUGAAAGAAAAAAGACUAUUGCCAACUAUCUGGUAUGGAGAAUGGUUUAUUCGAGAAUAUUUAACCUCAGCCGACGCUUUCAGUAUAGGUGGUUGGAGUUUUCAAGGGUAAUCCAGGGGACAACCUCCUUACUGCCUCAGUGGGAUAAAUGUGUAAACUUCGUGGAAAGUGCUCUCCCUUAUGUUGCUGGAAGAAUGUUUGUAGAUCUGCACUUCCAAGAAGACAAGAGGGAUAUGAUGGCAGAAUUGACUGAAGGGAUUCGCUGGGCCUUUAUGGACAUGCUGGAGAAUGAAAACACCUGGAUGGAUUUGGGAACAAAGAGAAAAGCGAUUGAAAAGGCGAAAGCAGUUUUGGCUAAAGUGGGUUACCCCGAGUUUAUAAUGAACGACACAUACAUUUCUGAAGGCAUCAAAACAAUGAAGUUUUUAGAAACGGACUAUUUUGGCAACGUGCUUCAGACCCGCAAGCAGGCAGCGCAGUCCGAUUUCUACUGGCUGAGGAAAGAGGUUCCAAAAACAGAGUGGUUUACGAGUCCAACUACCGUCAAUGCCUUUUACAGUUCAUCAACAAAUCAGAUCAGAUUCCCAGCAGGAGAGCUCCAGAAGCCAUUCUUUUGGGGGAAAGAAUAUCCCAGGUCUUUAAGCUACGGUGCCAUUGGAGUAAUUGUUGGGCAUGAGUUUACUCAUGGAUUUGAUAAUAACGGCCGAAAAUAUGACAAAAAUGGAAAUUUGGAUCCCUGGUGGUCUUUGGACUCUGAAGAGCAAUUUAAAGAGAAAACAAAAUGUAUGGUCAAUCAGUACAACAGCUAUUAUUGGAAGAAAGCGGGCUUGAAUGUCAAAGGAAAGAGGACUUUGGCAGAAAACAUUGCAGAUAAUGGAGGUUUGCGAGAGGCUUUCAGGGCCUAUAGGAAGUGGAUCAAAGAAAAGCGACAAGGAGAGGAAGAGGCCUUAUUACCAGGCAUUGACUUCACCCACAAUCAGCUCUUCUUUCUAAGUUAUGCUCACGUGAGAUGCAAUGCCUUUAGACCAGAAGGUGCCAGAGAGCAAAUCUACACUGGAGCCCACAGCCCUCCUCAGUUCAGAGUUAUUGGUGCUAUGAGUAAUUUUGAGGAGUUCCAGAAAGCUUUCAACUGCCCAGAAACAACAACAAUGAAUCGAGGUGGAGACUCCUGUCGGGUUUGGUAGCAAUCUCUCCAGUGUCCUAUGCUGAAGAAGUCACUUGCUGGAAUCAGUUCCAAACUGUUAAUGAGCUACCGCGGCUUCAGAACAGCCUUGGCCAACCAAGGGACCAGAUUUGUUGUUUCGUGACCUGCCCAGCUCUACUACUUAAUUGCUUGUUCAGGAUAUAGAAACUAUUCAAAAUAUAGAGUAUAAAAAGGGCAGAUCUUUUCAGAGAAAUGUAUGCAGAUGGAUUGUUUAUGGGUUAUUUUCAUAAAUACAUUCCCCUCUGUGAUUUAAGCAGGUUUAUCUCUAUGUAUCUUUAUUCUGAAGCUUGUCCCACUAUAUUCAUUGGGUUUUACUCACAUGCAAGUGUAGUCAUAUUGCAGGCUUAAGUUAACAAGGUUUAAAUGGCACACUUGCGCUUUACAGAAUAGUGGACAAACUUGGUGUGGUAGCCAUGAUGCUGUUUUAAGUGGAGGGAAAACAUCCAAAACGUAUCUUUUCUAAUGUUUUUUUUCCCCCUUGAUCAAAAAUAGCUUUGAGAUUUUGAAGUAAAGGAAGAGAAGAUUAAAAUGUGGCUGCUUUAUCCUUUCCUACUCUGCUGUUUUUCCUGUUCAAAAUUCCACUAACCCUCUGAGCUGUUUCUUCCCUGGUGGUAAAAAAAAAAGAAAAGAUUAUCCAUGUGAUAAUCUGGUCUGGACUUCAGGUACGGCCUUCCUGUGUUCCAUCCUUUCUUGAAUGCAUAUUGUAUGCUAUCACUAUUUCCACAUUCCUCUAGGCAGAAGAAUGUGGAGUAGUGCUGUGUAAGGUUACAUAAAUCUUAAUUCUAAGUCUGAGGCAAAAACGGUUACUAAGACCAAAAUGGAAAGAGGAAUUAUUUCU